AUGCUCCAAAGCUACGAGUGCCUCCAAUGCGGCACGUUCGCCCAACAAAUCUGCUUCGCCCGGCAUCCACGCUACAUCACCCCGCAGGUCCGCUCCUUGCAGUACGUAAACACACUCAACACCCGCUUCUCCCCCGCUGACCUAGGACCCCCGAUGGAAGAUGACGGGACCCCUCGCCCCUACGAUCCGGCAGAGUACCUCCCAGUCCAAGAGCUCCCCGAGGCCCCGGAGCACAGGGAAAUCCGCAUCCUAAUCACGCCGCCUGACGAAACGCCCGCCCCCGCGCCUACACCUAUACCCACAAGGCCAACGACCCCUGCACCUGUAAGUCCAACUGGCCGGGGCAUGCGCCCCCCAGGCCCCAACGAUGUCCGACGCGCAGCACUCCUACGCGCGGCGUUAGGCAGUGACCCCGUACCACGGCGGUGGGAAAGACAACCGCAACCAGUUGCCAUCCCGACGAACUGGGACCCGGGCGAACCCCCGUACCCCGACGCCCCGCCGAUUGAAUUGCGUGAGAUGCGCGACCGGAUCUACAACGAGCUUAUUGAAGACAGCCUAAUGAUGGGCCGGGUAGACCGCGCGGUGUCCAUAGCACGGCGGGCGAUGUCUCGGAUUGUAGCGAGCUCGCGUGCGAUGCGGCAGGGGCUUGUGGACGAUGCGCUGGACGCGCGUCAGGCGUAUGCGGUUAGUACCAGGCUUCGACGGUUGAAUGCGCAGUGUCGAGUGCUUGUGCGGUUUUAUGCGGACCUUACGGAGGGAUUGGGGGAGUUGGAGGAGGUUGUUGCUCAGAAGAGGACGUUCUUUGCGCAUUUGAAUGAGAGGAUUGAGGGGCUUUGA